AUGUAAGAUCGCCCCGAAGGACGUCGAAAAUGGCCAAGCAGAUGGAAAGAGCUUUGACCCUUUUACGGAGCGCAAAGUUGAAAAUGCGACAACGGAUUGUGACACUUUAACGCAUUUGUUAAAAGCUUCUCUCGGUACUGGGAUUUUAGCCAUGCCGGUCGCUUUUAAGAGUGCAGGUCUGCUUGUCGGGGUUUUUGCAACGAUACUCGUUGCUUUUGUUUGCACACAUUGUGCAUACAUUCUAGUUAAAUGCGCCCACGUCUUAUAUUAUAAAGCUCGGAGAACGGAAAUGAGUUUUGCCGACGUAGCGGAAGUGGCCUUUACGACGGGUCCAUCGUGGGGAAGGUCUUUAGCAAAGCCCUUUAGGUAUUUAAUACAGAUAAGCCUUUUUGCAACGUACUUCGGCACCUGCAGCGUGUACGCCGUAAUCGUCGCGGAGAAUUUCCGACAAAUCUUUAAUCACUAUCGAGGAUUCGAGGCCAACGAGAGACACGUUAUCGCUUGUCUUUUGGCACCUAUGAUAUUGUUGAGCUGGAUACCUAAUUUGAAGUAUCUCGCGCCAGUGUCCAUGGUGGCUAACAUAUUUAUGGCCUCAGGUCUAGGAAUAACGUUUUACUACCUUGUCUGGGACAUGCCACCUUUGAACUCGGUGCCUCUUAUUGCACCAAUUAGCGAAUUUCCGCAGUUCUUCAGCAUUACGAUAUUUGCCAUGGAGGCUAUAGGAGUGGUAAUGCCGCUGGAAAACAAUAUGAAAACUCCGCAGCAUUUCGUCGGAAUCUGCGGUGUCCUGAACAAGGGAAUGUCUGGAGUUACAUUGAUCUACAUUCUUCUUGGAUUCCUGGGAUACGUUAAGUACCAAGACAACACUUUGGACAGCAUUACCCUGAGCUUGCCAACGGAGGAAAUACCCGCACAAGUGGUAAAGAUCCUGAUAGCUUUGGCUGUCUAUUGCACAUUUGGUUUGCAAUUUUACGUGUGCCUUGACAUUGCAUGGAGCGGUAUUAAAGAUCAUUUCCAGAAGAGACCUUUGUUAGCCAAUUAUGUCCUUCGGACUAUUCUGGUAACUGGUGCAGUUCUGCUAGCAGUAGCCGUGCCGACGAUAAGUCCGUUCAUCAGUCUGAUUGGAGCGUUUUGCUUUUCAAUUUUGGGUUUGCUGAUCCCCGUCUUCAUCGAGACUGUCACAUAUUGGGAGAUCGGCUUCGGGCCCGGAAAUUGGGUGGCCGUAAAAAAUGUCAUCAUCUGCAUCAUCGGUUUGCUGGCUCUCGUAUUUGGAUCGCGCAGUGCAAUAGUGGAUAUUGUUAAAUUAUACACAUAAUAGUAAACAACAGGGUUUGCCCUCUAGCGGG